GCGCGUGCGCAAUUCUUACAACCAACGAUCCGACGUCAUUGAAUGAUGUUGAUCGUCAAAUCAGUUCUGACAUGGACUCAGCGCUGACUUUAGAACGUUUCUCCGCGACGUCAAAAGUCUUGUUCUUGUGUGAGUUUGAAGAAGUUUGCUACCGCGUCUUCUCUGCUUAUCAGGCUACCUUGUUUCAGUGAUGGCGUUACAUGGCAAAGUGGCUUUAGUGACUGGUGCGGUGCAAGGUUUGGGUAAAGGUUUCUCAGAAAUUCUUUUGCAAAAAGGAGCAAAGGUAGCCCUGUUGGAUAUAAAUGAGUCAGGGGGGAAGGAUUUGAAGGCUGCCUUUGAUAAAGAAUAUGGACCAGACAGAACACUGUUUCUUACCUGCACCGUUGAAUCUGAGGAACAACUAAAAGAUGCCUUUCAGAAAACGGUAGAGGCGUUUGGGGGCUUAGACAUCGUCUGCAACAACGCUGGUAUCAUCGAUGAGACGAACUGGGAGAAAUGUGUGUCUAUAAACCUCAAUGGAGUGGUGAGAGGCACAUAUCUGGCUCUCCAGCACAUGAAAAAGCAGAACAGAGGGCAGGGAGGCGUCAUCAUCAACAUAGCGUCUAUGGCAGGUCUGGGUCCUCUGCUGACUGCUCCCAUCUACACAGCCACCAAACACGGGGUGGUGGGGUUCAGUCGGGCUAUGGCGGAUGUCUCCCGUUUGUGUGACUACGGGGUGCGAAUUAAUGUCCUCUGCCCUGCUUUCGUCCAAACCGCCAUCCUCUCCUCCAUGAGUUCAGAGGAGACUGCGGGACAGUUCGCAGGUCUGAGGGGAGUGGCAGAGAAACUACUGGAACAGUUUGGUGUGCUUGAAGUCUCUGAGGUAGCCAAGAACUUCUUGAAGCUGGUGACGGAUGAGAGUCGAAACGGAGAGGCCCUUUUGGUACGGAAGGAGGGAGCUUCAUACGUAACGUUUCGCCAAGAGGCUUCCCAGCUGCCCAGUAUCCUUGCCCCCUCUCUGUAGCAGAAUCCCUCCCCCAGCAAGCUGACAUCCCUCUGACCACAAAAGCCCCAAGCAUCCCGGAGUCGCCUCCUCACUGUUGACGUUGAGACUGGUGUUUUGCAGGGACUAUUUAAUGAUGCUGCCAGUUGAGGACUUGUGAUGCAUCUGUUUCUCAAACUAGACACUAAUGUUCUUGUCCUCUUGCUCAGUUGUGCACUGGGGCCUCCCACUUUCUAUUCUGGUAAGAGCCCAUUUGCGCUGUUCUGUGAAGGGAGUAGUACACAGCGUUGUACCAGAUCUUCAGUUUCUUGGCAAUUUCUCACAUGGAAUAACCUUCAUUUCUCAGAACAAGAAUAGACUGGUGAGUUUCAGAAGAAAGGCCUUUGUUUCUGGCCAUUUUGAGCCUGUAAAUGAACCCACAAAUGCUGAUGCUCCAGAUACUCAACUAGUCUAAAGAUGGCCAGUUUUAUUGCAUCUUUGAUCAGAACAACAGU